GCAUGCUUCACCAUUCCACUGAAAAGGCGUAAUGUUGGCUAUAGGCCUACAUCUGACAGAAUCCUCUUAAUAAGUAAAACUUUUUAAUAGUUGUAGAUCAGUAUGGCGAAUGUGGUUAUUUACCAUUGCCAUGGCGACGUUUGUCGUAUCGGUGCACGGCGCAAACUCUCCCGCGGAGGAAAGCGGCAAGCUCUUCUCACAACCGGGGACACUUUCGUCUAGACUCCCUAAAGCGAUGUUUCGAUAAAAUAAAAUUGAUGAGCGCAAGAAGGAACCAAAAAAGACUCUCGGUACGAAUUCGAAAAAGCGUUGAGACUGGAAUUCAAAGAAAAUAAAAAAUUUUGUUUGUUAACCCUUCAAAAUGAAGCUUCAACUAUUCGUCCUGGUGCUAAGCAUUUUCAACAAUGCUGAAAACAUCGCCAGUACAACACAAGAGAUGUCAACUACAGAGGUGACCUCCAGUACGACUGAGAUCAGUAGCACCACAGUAGAAACCACAGUCACAACAGAUGAUGCUACCGAGCCUGCCGGAAACAGCGAUGGCGAAACAACUACUGUCCCUGAUGGUGGCACCGAGACCGCGACGUCGGCGGACGCCGAAUCAACCCCUACAACCGAGCCUGCCGGAAACAGCGAUGGCGAAACUACUACUGUAGGUGUCCCUGAUGGUGGCACCGAGACCGCGACGUCAGCGGACGCCGAAUCAACCCCUACAACCAUGCCGGUAGAUGGAAACGAAUCAACAACUACUACAGCCAUGCCGGUAGAUGAGAACGCAACCACAACUACUACAGCCAUGCCGGUAGAUGAGAAAGCAACAACAACUACUACAGCCAUGCCGGGAGCUGAAGAGAACGAUACUGACACAACGACACAGCAGCAGACUGAAGAAAUCACAUCAACACCUGCAACCAUGGCAAGCAGCAACACAAAAGAAUAUGGCUCUCCACCUACUGCAACAACCAUGACAGCAACCGACCCAUGCUUAAAUACCACCGUGGUACAACAAUGCAAGGCUCAGAAUUUUACAACAUGCGUUAACGAUGGCCAGGGACAACAUCAUUGUGAGGGCUGCCUGGGUGGUUGGACUCUUAUUAAUGGCACAUGCAAAAAACUGCCCAGGGUCUUUGGAAAAGUGACAAUAGAAUUUAUUGAUGGCGCUAACGCGAACUUUACAGUUGAUUUAACUGACAGGAACUCAGCAAGGUUUAUAGAAUUAGCAACUGCUUGCUGUGAGAGCUUCUUGAGAGCUUCCAUUGCCAUCACUUGUGACGUUACUUCAUUUACCGAAGGAUCCAUUAUUGUCGACUUUGUACUUGGUUUCCCUGAAAACGCAACAGACAUAAACGAGACUGCGUUAGCACAAAGCAUCAUGGAUGACGCCAAUGCAACUGGAAUUGGGCUAAACUCCAACGUUGAACUAAGUGUUGUCCGGGUGUUCUGUGAGGACACAACCUGUGAAAACGGCGGAAAUUGUACCAUAAAUGAAUCCAUGAUGUCGCAGUGCGAUUGUAUCGACGGGUACACAGGAAGUAGCUGUUCCAUAAGCCCGAUUGUCCGGGUGUUCUGUGAGGACACAACCUGUGAAAACGGCGGAAAUUGUACCAUAAAUGAAUCCAUGAUGUUGCAGUGCGAUUGUAUCGACGGGUACACAGGAAGUAGCUGUUCCAUAAGCCCGACUACGACAGUUGUUACAGUUACUGAUCAACCAGGUCUCACAACAGCUGUCAUUAUCGGUAUUGCUGUCGGCGUCACUGCAGCCGUGCUCAUCAUUAUUAUAAUAAUCAUUGUCGUGGUCUUGAAAUGUGGCGGGAAGAACAAGGUUGUCGCUCAAGAAGAAAUGAACACUCAUUCAGAUGAAGUGCCUUUGCAGAAGCGCUAA